AUGGUCGAUGAUGGCGGCGGUCGGGGGACCCCGCCGGGUGAUACUGUAAGGUCUACGGACCAGAAGGCCAGCAUUAUUUGGGAUUUUGAGGGAGGGGAAUUGGGAGAGAAGGUUGAGAGGUCUACGGACCAGCAAACCAGCUUUAUGGGGGUUUCUAAGAAGGGAUUUUUGGAUAAUGAAGUUGUUGGGUCUACGGACCGAAUUGCCCGCUGUCUAAUUAGCGAGUCGCGUCCUGUUAUAUUUAGGCUGUCGCAGCCAGAAGUGGCGAGCUGGGAGUCCAGCCGGGCCAACUCGUGGCUGGGCUGACGGCCCAGCCCGGUCCUGGCAGAAAAAGGAACCCCAGCGCGUCCUCAAACGUUGCGCCAGCCGCCCCCGGAAUUCCUGGCGGACGGUUGUGUCCGAACAGUGCACCUGAAACAAACAGUGCACCUGGCUGA